CCGUCGUCCGCGCCUCCUCGCGUCGACGCCGACACCCUCGUACUCGGCAUCGAGACGUCGUGCGACGACACCGGCGCCGCGGUCGUCACCGGCGACGGCCGCGUCCUCGGCGAGGCGCUCGCGUCGCAGGUGGAGAUCCACGAGCGGUGGGGCGGCGUCGUCCCGAACCUCGCGCGGGACGCGCACGAGCGCGCGAUCGACGCGGUCGUCGCGGAGGCGCUGCGUCGCGCGGGAAUCGACGAUCCGUCGCGCCUCUCCGCGGUGGCCGUGACCGUGGGGCCCGGGCUCACGAUGUGCCUUCGCGUCGGCGUCGUCGCCGCGCAGGAGCUGAGCGCGAAGCACGCGCUUCCGAUCGUGCCGGUGCAUCACAUGGAAGCGCACGCGCUCGUCGCGCGGCUCGCGGCGGGGACGACGCGAUGCCGGUUUCCGUUCCUCGCGCUGCUCGUCAGCGGCGGGCACAAUCAGGCGCGUUCUAUAUUGUCCACACUGCUGAUCCUCGCGCGCGGGAUCGGGAACUACGUCAUCCUCGGCAGCACGCUCGACGACGCGCUCGGGGAGGCGUACGAUAAGACCGCGCGACUGUUGGGGUUAAACGUCGGCGGCGGCGGCGGCCCCGCGCUCGAGGCGCUCGCGCGCGAGGGCGACGACGCGUCGUACAAGUUUCCCGUGCCGCUGCGGCGACGGAAGGAUUGCGACUUUUCGUACGCGGGUCUGAAGACCGCGGUGCGGUUGGCGAUCGAGAGGGACCUCGGGGUCGGCGGCGAGGAGGACGCCGCGACGCGGCGAACGCGCGCGAACAUCGCGGCGUCCUUCCAGCGCGUCGCCGUGACACACCUCACCGAGCGCACGUCGCGCGCGGUCGAGUGGGCGAACGACCUCCUGGACGACGGCGAGACGCUGAGCUGCGUCGUCGUCGCCGGCGGCGUCGCGUCCAACGCCGUCGUCCGCGAGCGCCUCUCCGAGGUGGCCUCGCGGUGCGCCCUUCCGCUCGUGACGCCGCCGCCGAGGUGGUGCGUGGACAACGGCGUGAUGGUCGCGUGGGCCGGGGUGGAGAGGCUCGCGUUGGGGUUGUCGGAGGCGCCGUGCACGGAGGCGCAGGUGGCGGCUUCGCCGAGCAGCGCGAAUCGAAGAGACGUGCCGACGUUUCCGCGGUGGCCUCUCGGGGAGCGCGACGAUCGCGCGACGGGGCACGUGAAGAGCGCGAAGACCGCGCGCAUCGCGGCGCCGUUGACG